UCCAUCCUCCACUAUGUGCCACGUGUCACGAUCAACUCUCAACGCACUGAUUUCUCGGUGUCAGCUAUCACACGCGACGCAACAGGGGUCUCGCUACACUGCCGCGGCCCUAUAGACGCAUCUCCCGCCAUUGCAUUUGUGCUUUUUCACUCUCUCUCUAGAAAAUUUCUCUUUCUAAAUCGCGAUGGACCUGCCGGUGAUCGAUCUGAGUCCGUACUUGGAGAUCACUGGAAAAUCAGGUGGAGAUUCGACCGGCUUGUCGGAUCACAUCGACCCGGAGUACAGGGGGCUGUGCUUGGAGGUGAGUCGGUCCCUGAGAGAGACCGGCGCUUUGCUGGUGAAGGAUCCGAGAUGCUCUGCCCAAGAUAAUGAUCGGUUCAUCGAUAUGAUGGAGAGGUACUUCGAACAGCCCGAGGAAUUCAAGCGUCUUCAGGAGAGGCGUCACUUGCAUUACCAGGUUGGGGUUACACCAGAGGGAGUUGAAGUUCCACGAAGUCUGGUUGACGAAGAAAUGCAAGUGAAGUUAAGAGCAAUUCCCAAAGAGUUCCAACCAUCCACCCCCACGGGACCAGAUCCUAAGUGGCGAUACAUGUGGAGAGUAGGCCCCCGGCCAUCAAACACCCGCUUCCAGGAACUUAAUUCAGCACCUGUUAUACCUGAAGGUUUUCCUGAAUGGCAAGACACAAUGGACUCCUGGGGAUACAAAAUGAUAUCAGCAAUAGAGGUUGUUGCUGAAAUGGCAGCAAUUGGGUUUGGCUUGCCAAAGGAUGCAUUCACUUCUCUUAUGAAGCAGGGACCACAUCUUCUUGCUCCCACCGGGAGUGACCUCCAACGUUAUGGUCAAGUGGGAGCUGUGUUUGCAGGAUAUCACUAUGACCUCAACUUUUUAACAAUUCACGGAAGAAGUAGAUUCCCUGGGCUGAACAUUUGGCUAAGAAAUGGACAGAAAGUGGAAGUAAAGGUUCCUAUAGGAUGUCUCCUUAUCCAGACUGGAAAGCAGAUAGAAUGGCUAACAGCUGGAGACUGCAUAGCUGGCAUGCAUGAAGUCGUUGUGACUGAAAGGACAAUUGAUGCAAUUAAACUAGCAACCCAGCAAAAUCGUAGCCUGUGGAGAGUAUCCUCAACAUUGUUUGCACACAUUGCAUCUGAUGCUGUACUGAAGCCUUUAGGCCAUUUUGCGGAAUCCCCACUUGCAGCAAGAUAUCCAUCCAUGUGUGCAGGAGAAUUUGUUGAACAAGAGCUUGCGAUUAUCAAUCUAAAAGGAAACAAAGCAGAGCCUUAAUUGUAAUCUGAAAAAUAUUCUGUACUUUUUCAUGGUUAUUUUGAUGAAACGACUUGCCAUAAAGCAGGUUGAGUCAAUGCCAUUCAUUGCUCAGAAAAAUUGGAGCAUUGUUCUUCCAUAUAAUACCAAAUUUUCAGAAAUGAGCUUGUAAUACUAAAUCCUCAUGGAAAACUUUAUUGGUUUUAGCAGGAGUUGGAUUGGUGAUUUA